AUGAUGGGCAGUGAGAACAACCAUUUUGUUGAUUAUUGUUAUGAUGAAAUGAUUGGUCAUGUUAAUAUUGAGGAUUGUGAGCUUGAUGAAGCUGUCUUUGAGUUCUACAAGAAAGAGAAAAUCAAGCAACUAAAGAGCAAGCUUACACCAGCUGAGUUGAAUGUUAUUGUGAAUGAUAAGAAAAGUCUUGGUAUAAACAAGCAUGAAGUAAAACAUGGUUUCAGUCGUGUAUCAGCAAAGUAUUUCAGUGAAGUCAUUGAGGCAUUAACCCCUGAUCAGAGAAAGGUGAUAUCUGAUUAUGGCUUUGGUAGUUUACUCAUGUAUGAGAAAUGUGUGGUUCCAACAAAAUUUAUCAACUGGCUCGCUCAUCAAAUUGAUGUCCCCACAUCUGAGAUAGUUGUGAAUGGUAAAUUCAUACAUUUCAACAAGGUGUCAGUCCACAAAGUGCUUGGCGCUCCUAUUGGUGGUGAUCUUUUGAUUGUUGAUUGUGAGGCUGGCGAAGCUUUUGUUUUAUCCAAGUUCAAUCUGACCAAGCUACCACCUGUCAGUUUUUUUGGUGACAAGAUAAAGAAUAAUGAAUCAUUGCCUGAUGAUGAUAUGUUUAUUUGUUUCAUGAUGGUUGCCUUACCAUGCUUCCUCUGCCCUGAUCCUAGCAUGUAUCCAAGCACCAAAUAUAUGAUUGCAUUCAAGGAUUUAAGUCGUUUCCAAAAUAUUGAUUGGUCGUUGAACGUAUAUGAAUGGUUGAUUGGAGCAGUUCGAAAAUUCUGCUUUGGUGUUGGGAAGUCUUUGAGAUCUAUCCAUACUUUUGGUGGUUGCUCAUAUGUCCUUGCUGUCUUAUAUCUAGACUGCCUCAAUUUUGGUACUUUUGAUGUCACUCGAAUGACUCCAAGAAUCUUGGUAUGGAAAGGUUCAAUGAUCAAGCAUUAUUCUGAUUUAGAUGAGUUAAAUGCGUACCAAUAUGGCAAAAGAUGUUUUCGGGAUAUUAUUGAUACUUUGUAUUGUGAGACAAAUGAUGUUGAUUAUAAUGCUUCUGAGCACACUUCGUACACCCCAUCGGCUUCUGGUUUCAGAUCAAGACUUGAGUGUUUGUUUGGUAGAAUGUUGAAUACAAAGCAAAUUGAUGGAAUUUGCGGUAUAUUUGAUGCUGAUUGUACUAAGAUCCCAAGGAAGCAACAGAAACAUUCGGAGAAGUUGAUAUUUCAGAUGCUUAAUUUGUUUGCUGAGUUCAUUCAAAAUCCAAGUAACAAAGCUAAUGAUAACACUAAAGAAAAGUUUGCCACCACAAGUGUUGUUAAUCCUUUACAAUGUGCAAACUUUAAGACUCGUUGUAAUGCCAAUGAUGCUUCUGCAUCAAAGCCUGCUGCUAUUGAUGCAAUUUUUGGUGUUUUGAAUUGUCCUACACCAGGUUUUGUUUUAUCCACACCUGGACUUAUUACGAAGCGGAAUUUGGACAUGAAUGAUGUUUCAUCUGCUCAUGAUUGCCAUAUCUUGAAAAAGCUUAAACCAUUGCCCCACCCAAAGAAGAUGGCCGGUAAAUCUCUUCUCUUUGACCUUGACCCAUGUGGAAACGAUGUGGACAUAGCUGUUCAUGUUAACAAAUGUCGCAAAGAGAAAGUACCAGAUAUAGUUAUUCUUAAAGAGAAUAAUUUUCAAGAUAAGAUUAGGAAAAUGUGCACUAUAAAUGAUGAACUAUAUAACAAGGAAUUCACCUCUUCUAAAGGGACAAUCCCACGUGCAAGUAAAUGCAAUGCAGCAGACAGAACUAAUAUUGACAACAAGGGUUCUUCUAUGUCUUUUGUGGAUGACAAUGAUAUUUGUCCAAUUGACGUUGAUGCAUCUGUUGCUGGUGAUGGAAUGACUAACAAAAGUGUAAGAUUUCCUAUAACUGCACAAGAAAGGAAGAAUUACACAGUUAUUUGUAAGCUUGCAUCAAGUUCCCAAUAUGCAAAGUGUGUUAUUGUUGAUAUUGGGGGCUGCAACUUAAAAUUUUUCUCUCUUGGUGACUCCAUGGCCCUGGAUCAUAAAGUAUGCACCUUUGUGGUGAACUGCAUUUGCCGGAAAUUCUUUUUGGAUGAACGUCCUACUAUUUCUUUGAAGCACUAUUUCUUUUCCUGUGUCUCUGUUGUAUUCAUGAGCGACUCUGAUGACUAUUCAUACAUAGAAAGGUGCUUCAAUGGAGCUGCUUCUGUGCUCCCUUUGCCUCUGUGUGAACUGCUCUUCUUUCCAGUGUUAUAUUGUGAGCAUUGGUUCUUAUUUGUUGUUGAUUUGAAGCAAAAAAUGUUUCUAUUUCUUGAUUCUUAUUUCUCCAAGGAUGAUGAUUAUUCAGUUCUCACAAGAAGGAAACUUAUACCCAGGUUUUGUCAUGCAUGGGAUAUGUUUGUUGGUUCUAAUGUUGAUUUUCAACAUUUCAAGAUUGCGUACCCUCGUGUUCCCAAACAGAGCAAUACAGUUGAUUGUGGAGUGUUUGUUAUCAAAUUUAUGGAGAUAUGGCAUUUUGGAGCUGAUCUACGCAAGGACUUCUCAGCUGAAGAUAUACCCAAUAUCCGGAUUCAAAUUGUCAACGAUCUUCUAAUGAGUGAGCACAACAAGGCUGAUAGAGUGGUUGUUACUAAUUUUCAUGGUCAGGUUUGACUCUCCACACAUCAGGAAGUAGCCCACAAAGCUGUCGGCUAGCAUUUCUUACACAAAUAACACAUUGUAUUUUUGUGACCAAAAAAUACUGUUGUCUUGUUAUUAGUUGAUAUAGUGUCCUAGACAAAAAAAACUUACGAACUUUGGGCUCGAAACCAUUGUAAAAGCUUACAUAUUACAUACAUAGCAAUCUAGUACAAUCUAUGAGAAAUUCAUCAAUAACUAUGAAUUUAUCAGCUCCA